AUGUCUAGUGUGGAUGGUGUUGACCUGGUGCAGAAGGAAGGCAUUACUGAUCAUCAGUCUGCUGAAAUAAGCAAAGAGCCUGAAUUUCAUCCUCCUCCUCAGCAACAGCUCAAAAAGAAGAAAUUUUCAUGGCAAAAUAUCAGAAGGAUUGACUCUUUAGAUGUUGAAUCACAUAAAUUUCGUCGUGGUUCAAAUGAUCUUCCUGGAUCAAAGAAUGGAGGAAGUUGGGGAGUAAUAUUAAAUCUUGCAUUCCAAAGUAUUGGGGUGGUUUAUGGAGACAUUGGGACAUCUCCUUUGUACGUUUUCUCAAGCACAUUUGCAAACGGAAUCAGUCACAACGAUGAUAUCCUUGCUGUUCUCUCUCUGAUUUUAUACACAAUCACCUUGAUCCCCCUCAUCAAGUAUGUCUUCAUCGUCCUUCAAGCAAAUGACAAUGGCGAAGGGGGGACAUUUGCUAUGUAUUCUUUGAUAAGUCGGCAUGUGAAAGUCGGUUUAAUCCCAAGCCAAGAAUCGGCGGAUGAAGACGUUUCGACGUUUAAUCAUCAGCUGGAAAAUCAACGACGAUUGAAGAGGGCAAGCAUGUUUAAAUCAAGGCUUGAAAACAGCAAUUUUGCCAAAUUUGUUUUGUUGUUGACAGCAAUGCUUGGCACAUCAAUGGUCAUUGGUGAUGGCAUUCUUACCCCUUCCAUUUCAGUUCUAUCAGCAGUUGGCGGGAUCAAAGAAGCCACUUCUGCCAUGACAGAAGGUAGGAUAGUAUGGAUAUCAGUUGCCAUUCUGGACCACAGAGAAAAUCGGCAAUGCAUAUGGUAUGGGUACACGGAUGCUCGCAACGACGGAGAACCGUUUGAAACUUUGCUGGUUAAAAAACUUUGCGAGUUCAUAAGGGAAGACUAUUUAAAGUUCUCCAACGAUGUGGAAGAGGAGGAGGAUAAUGUCGUCGAUGGAUCGAGCAUUGGCGAAAGGGUCGACGGACAGGAGGCGGAAAGAGACAUUGAAUUGGUGGAGAAGGCUAGUGAAGCUGGCAUUGUUCAUUUUGUAGGGGAACAUGAAGUUGUUGCAAGAAAUGGAGCUAGUUUGGGGAAAAGGAUUUUGAUCGAUUAUGGAUACAAUUUCUUGACUAGGAAUUUGAGGCAGAGCAAUGAGGUCUUCAAUAUUCCUCAGAAAAGAAUGCUAAAAGUUGGAAUGACAUACGAGUUGUAG